UAAACGAACGAGACGAGCCGCGAGGCAGCGCCCAAUCAGAACCUCUUUCCAACCCCUCGUCGCCUCCUCGUCCUGCAACGACUUUUCUCCCCUCUUGUUCCAAACCCAAAUCGAGCCAAACCCCGACGCUCCAAAUCGCGCAGCUCGGCGAUCCGGGAGGAUCUGCGAGAAGCGGAGGCGCCGGCGCCGCCGGAGGCAGGCGGCGGUGGCGGCGAGGCCGUCAGCGGCGGCUGGGGUGUCUGCGAUGAUAACCCGGUCGAAGCUGGUGGAGCAGCUGCGCGACUACCAGAUCCGAUCCCAGCACAAGCGCGACCUUAUCGGAGCCAUCUCAUGGGGCUUGCUGUGUUGCCUCCUAAUAGUAUCCUCGUACAUGAUGCUAUACUUCAGGCACUUCUGGUUAUCAGCCGUCAUCAUCUCCGUCGGCAUCCUUCUUCCCGCCGGCCUGUAUAUUUUGAGGCAGAGAAAGCUGGCUAAGAAAAGAGAGCGGAGAUUAUUGUUGCCUCUCUCCAUGUAAGGUUAUCAUUACAUUGUAGUGGUAGGUUCCCCCCGAUUUUGCGGUUGUUCUUGACUAGACAGAAUCCGCAUUCCGGGCUUGCUUGGCACACAUCCAAACAGUUUGAUAGGCCUCUGCUGCCUAGUAUACGUCCACCAUAUUCUUUAGUCUUCACUAAAGUGCUGGAAGAAGUACACCAUCAAUUUUUGAUGCUCCAGUGUUGGGCGAAUGGAUACACCAGCUUGUGUGUUUCUGCUGCGGUUUGUUUUCCUCUUCUUCCUUUUUUCUUUUAAUGGUGCUUGCAGCCUGACAAGGUAUCUCGAUGUAUCCGACCGCCCCGAGUCACACUUUUGUAACUAAAGAAGAAUAGAUUGUUUUGUUGUUCUGAUGGAA